GGGCUCGGUCACGUGAUACCGGACACGGAAGUAGCGGCAGGUAAUUCUUGUUUUCACCGUACAGGAGAAGAUGAACGGCCGCAGAGAGGCCCGGGGAGGAGGGAGGCCGGCGGCGCCCAGCAAAGGGGCCCCGUUCCUCCUCGGUUUUCCAGGGGCCGGAGACUCUGAUGAUGAUGGGAAUCUGGAGGCCGAGCUCAUGGCGAUCACCGGCGCUGACCGAGCCGCCCAGCGGGAGAAGCCCAAGGGAAAAACCCCCCUCCCCAUGGAGCACAUUGAGCGUAUGGCAGCGCUCUGUAUGCAGGAUGUGGAGGAGGACGCUGAUGAAGACGUGGACGACGAUGAAGACCUGAUGGCAGAACUGAAUGAAGUCCUGGGCGAGGAAGAGGACGAAGGGCCAAAAGUGACACCUCCCCCUGCAAAGGCUGCGCCCGCUUCAGCAGGGGGCAUGGAGGGCACACUGCAGGAGCGUCUGGCCAUGUACAAGGAUGCCCUAAGUAAUGCCAAACAGGCUGGAGAAGGAAGCAAAGCCAGGAGAUACGAGCGAGGUGUAAAGACUCUAGAGGACAUGCUGCGUACUGUCAAGAAGGGCGGCUCUGUGUCCGCAGAAGACAUCCCUCCUCCAGUGGCAACUGGGAAGAACUCGAGCACUCCUGCACCCCCGCCCACACUUGUCGUCACUCCAGACUCCCCUGCAGUGAACGGAAUCCCAGCACAGGCUCCUGCGCCCACCAAGGCCCCUCCCCCGGUGCCCAUGAAACCUCAGAGCCUUCCACGGCCUGUGACCACUACAGUCCCCAUCACCUCGUCUGCUCCUGCCACUCCAAGCCCAGCGUCCGACGAGAACAAGACUCGAGUGAUGGAUCUCCAGAGGGAAUAUAAGCUGGCAGCUAUUCAAAGCAAGCAACAGGGGGACACCGAGCAGGCCACAAAGUAUUACCGCAUCGCCAAGUCUCUAGAUCCCACGUUGUCUGUGUUAGAUUCGGGACAGGCGGUGGACUUGAACAGUCUCCCUCCUCCACCAGAGCGUCUGGCCACAAGCAAGCCGCCCAUUCCUCAGUCUCCGGUGAGCGCAGACCCUUCCCCGUCUUCAGGUUUACCUCCUCCCCCAAAGGACACCAUGGAAGCCCUGCAGCAGAGGAUGGACAGGUACCGCAGCGCCGCUGACCAGGCAAAGGCCAAUGGCGACGAUCGCAAGGCACGGAUGCAUGAACGCAUUGUCAAGCAAUACCAAGAUGCCAUACGGAGCCACAAGUCUGGAAAGCAGGUCAAUCUGGCCGAGCUGCCGGUGCCCCCAGGUUUCCCACCAAUCCAUGGCUCUGAGGCUGUUCCCCAGGAGCAGAGUCUGGUUGGGGUGCUGGAGACGGCUAUGAAACUGGCCAAUCAGCAGGAUGGCGAUGGCGAUGAUGAUGACGAGGAGGAGAAGAAAGUGCCCUCUGGAGCUCAAAAGCCCGUCCCUCGUCUGGGCCCCCAGCCGGCUGCAGCCAAACCUUCUCCCCCCAAGAGUCCCAAAAUGUCUGGAAAAGCUCAGCAGCAGAUUCAGUUUUUAGAAGGAAGAAAGAAGCAGCUGCUGACGGCCGCCCUCCGGUCUAAGCAGCACAAGGACAUGGAGGGGGCCAAAAUGUACUUGCGCCAGUCUAAGGGACUCGACCCUCUGAUCGAGGCCGCACGGGGAGGCCUGCCUGUAGAUAUCACCAAGGUCCCCUCUGCUCCUGUGAACCAGGAUGACUUCACCCUGGAGCGGCCGGGUAAAGGCCAGAGCAGCGAGAAGUAUACGGCACUGAUGGAGCAGCUGAAGAAGCAGCACGAGAUGGCUAUGUCAUACUCUCAGCAAUUCACUCAUCUGGGAAACAUCACGGAAACGGCAAAGUAUGAGAAGCUGGCGGAGGAAUGCAUGAAGUACAUUGAGAUAGUGAAGCAGGCUCAUGCGCGGGGGCUUCCUGUGCCGCACUGUCACUACGAGGAGAGGACCGUCAGUAUCGUAAAGAUAUUCCCAGAACUGACCAGUUCAGAUCUCGUGUUAUAUGUGAAUAAGGCGGUGAAUUUACCCACAGGAUCGUCUCCCAGUGAUAUGGAUACGUUUGUGCGCUUUGAGUUUGCUUAUCCCAGUCUGGAGGAAGCGCAGAGGGAUAAAACAAGCGUGAUGAAAGGGACCAACUCUCCAGUCUAUAAAGAGAAGUUCAACCUGCAGAUAAACCGCAACCACCGCGGCCUGAAGAGGGCGAUACAAGCCAAGGGGGUCAAAUUUGAAGUCAUCCAGAAAGGGGGGCUCUUUAAGUCUGACCGGGUGUUAGGGACAGCGCACCUCAAGCUGGAGGCUUUGGAGAACUGUUGUGAGAUCCGUGAUAUUCUGGAGGUGAUGGAGGGCCGCAGACCCACAGGAGGCAAAAUAGAGGUGUGCGUCCGAAUACGUGAGCCCUUCUCAUCUCAACAACUGAGCAGCAGCACGGAGAAGUGGCUGGUUGUAGAGCCCAUCAUCCUUCCUCCGGCUCCAGUUCCAAAACCCAAACAGCCAACCCCAAGUAAAUCUCCUUCCAGUAGCCCGCAGACCCUUCACUGCCUGAGCGUCUUGGCUUUUGAGCAGGAGAAGCUGGAGAAGAAGAUUCUCGCCUACAAACAGCAGCACCGCGCGCCUCCGGGUGACCUCUUACAUCUGCUCAAUGAUGUCACUCAGCGCAGCCAGCAACAGAUGCAGCAGCUGCGCCAGGGAGGGCCUGCCAUCCGCACCGAAUAUGUUCGUCAGCUGGAACGCUACUUGCAGUUUUACUCGGAGUCUGCUCGGCGCCUGGGUCAGGAGGGGAACAGGGAAGCUGCAAAGGAGGCUUUAUACAAGAGGAACCUUGUAGGCAACGAGCUGCAGAAAAUGUCCAGAUGAAGAUUAUCCGAGAUUCGGGAGACUCUCAUUCCUCCUUCCCCUUACUCCCCCAGGAGGCUUUCAUCUCCCCCCACCUAGAAAACUCUUAUUCCCACCCCAGGAGACUCUUGUCCAUCGCAGGAGUCUCUCUUUAUCCCCGGGG